UUUUAAAGUCUUGCAUCAUUAUUUUUAACUUUGAUCUGUUCAAUUUACUACGCUAAAUUUUAAUGCGUUCUCAUAUCUUUCGUUUUAUGUGCAACUGAGGAUUUUAAUGCGUAAUUUGUAUUUUACUGACAUUUGGAUACCAAAUGCUAAUUUUAGUCUAGGAUUCUCUAUGAGGCCAACUGGAUAAAAAUUUGUGACGACUACUUUGAAAAGAACAGUAUUCUUUCUGAGAAAUUCAUAAAGGGAUGUAAUUCGAGUUUUGUUCUUUCUUUUCCACAUUAUGCUGAAAGUAAAACCAUUUUGUUGUCUGCUAAUUCCUUUUUAUGAAAUGCAGGUUUUGUGUGUCAUUAACUGCCCAAGCAUACAGCAGACUGCCAGGCCUGUUAAUGAAUGCCCAAAGAGCGAAGUAGCAUGGAAAGAAGCAGCUGCUAGAAUGAACUGCGAACAUAUAAUGCAAAAUUGUUCACAACAACGCCAGUAUGAAUACCACUGUGCUUUGAAUAUCUUUCUAAAUGAAUCGUGGGAAUUAUGCAGCAUAAUGAAAUACAUGCUGGGUUACUGCAUGGAAUAUAAUGAAGAAGGGAAGAGGAUUCAGAACAAUUAUCAUCGGAAAUGUUUGGAUUUGAAUCCCCCUUGUCCAACAAGAUACAAGUCAACAGAAACAUACAAAUAUCAAUCCUGCUAUAAAAAAGUGAAGGAAAACGACCUCCUUUCUUCUAAGCUUUCUGAAACGACUUUAAGGCUGGACAACACUACAAGCAGCACAAAUGAUAAGAAUCAUAACGGAGAAAUGCAAAGCGAUUGGAUAAUUGUUGUUAUGUCGUCGAUUGUAAUCUUUGGAACGCUUGCUGUGGUUGGAUAUAUAAUAUGGAGAAAAAAAUUGAACAGAUUGAAAAAGAUGAGAAUUUUAUACCAUUAGAUCUUGUUUUGAAGUAUAUGUAAUAUAACAGCAACUUGGAAAAGACUUCUUCGAUCAACGAUUCUUUAAACGGAGAGUAACACUUUUUAACACAAUUUAGAAGGAAAUAUACCAUAGAUCCAGGCAAAAUCAAACCUCAGAUGGCCCACCAAUAUACAUAUUAUUAUUUUUGUUAAAUUAUUAUUUUUAUUUUAAUUUCUUUUUUCGUUUUGUGAAAGAAUUAUGACUGAUGA